AUGCACUCAUCGUUAUUAAGUCCAUUUGAAUGGGCACCUACAAGAAGACGGAGGAGGAGUUCUUUGCUGCCUGCGAUGAGAUUGAGAGCCAGAUCUGAGCAAGUCCAGCGACACUGUUGUCGAAGACGGCAAACCACAAAGGUAGCAGCUGGUUUUGGGAAGGACAUGGAGAAGAUGCUAUGCUAG